AUGACAUCCAUCAAAGUUGCGAUUGCUAGUAAUUCGCUGGGCAAGUCGACUUCGGGGCAUACACUUCUUCAUAAACUUGAGACGGCUAAAUUGCACGGAUUUGAUGGAGUGGAGGUUGCGAUCGAGUGUCUUGAAGCGCAUGCUUCCUCUUUCUCCCAGUCUUCUCGAGCUUCUCGCCUGCGUGCAGCUGCCACUCAUGUUGACCAAAAAGCGCAAGAUUUAUCUUUAUCUUUGAUUGCGCUCAACCCAUUUGGCGCAUACGAUGGGCUUGUUAACCCUGUCGAAGUUGAGUCUCGCCUAGAGGAGGCUGAGCUCUGGUUUGAUCUUUGUCGAUUGAUGCGAAUUCCAAUCUUUCAGAUCACAUCGUGCCUCUACCCUAUCGAUCCUGUUAGAAUUACGCCGGAGGUAACCACAAUCGCCGCGAACAUGAAGCGAUUGGGUCUCCUUGCCCAAAAAUACGGUUUGCUAGUUGGAUACGAAGCCCCCGCCUGGGGAACUCACCUCAACACUUGGCAACAAAUCCAUGAAAUCAUCAAGCUCGUUGAUCUUCCCAACGUUUGUCAUUGUCUUGAUACCUUCCAUAUUUCUGCCAAAGAGGCAGGUGAUCCAUUUAGUGCUGUGGCUCCUAUUCGGCCAGGCGGCCUGGCAAAUUUACGCCGAUCCUUGGAGGAAAUGAAACGAACUGUGACGCCAAAUCAGAUUGCUUAUUUUCAGUUAAGCGAUGCAAUGGUUGCUGACCAGGGCCAGGUGGGCUACCAACGGCGUGAUCUCAAUCAACCCCCCUAUAUGACACAAUCGCGAAACUGCCGGAUCUUUCCCUGCGAAGCGAACCGUGGAGGUGUGCUUCCUGUACUUGAGGUUGCACAAGCGGUGUUUGAUCUUGGCUACACGGGAUGGGUGUCGAUGGAAGUAUUUCAUACUGAUAUGUGGAAUACGCGCUCCUCAGUACCCGACGACUGGGCUCAAAGAGGAAUGGCUUCAUGGCGAGAAAUAUCUUUCCACUGCGGGCUUGAUCGGCAUACCAACGGGAGGUUGUGA